UUAUCGUUAUUCCUGGUACAUAGCGGGAGUGAUGGAAGGAGUUUUCGCCGAGUAUUUGCCAAGAUUGGUGGCUUCGUGGAAUCCUCAAUGUAGUGCUGUUAAUAGGAGUGUCAUUCACCAACUUGGGCAGCAAAUUGUCGCUCUCGAAGAAGAAUUGAAUUGCCUCCGGAAAAGCGUGCGAUCUGAUAUUGAGGUCAAGGUUACUUUGGCAACCCGGGACAAGGAAAUCGAAGCCCUGCGUGAGUCGAUAGGCCGACUGGAAAGGGUCCUGAUCAAGGCGAACCAGCGGAUCAUUGAUUUGGAGCAGCAAAAUGAAAAGCUUAUUAUUCAGCAACACAGCGACCGACAAGUCAUUAGAAGUCUUAGCACCAAGCUGAAAAUCAAGCCAUCAGAAUUGGCGAAAGUGGUGAGCAGCGGGGAAUGGGAUCCAAAUGACGCCGCUUUGUCACUGGAGAAAUUGUCCUUGGUCAAGAAUUACGAAGCGCUGAAGAGGAGAUUCAUAGAAGUAAACCGUGUGCACGCGUUGUCUGUUGAGAAAUUGGAAGAAGCUAAUCAACUUGCAUUGAAGGAAAAGUCAUUAGAUAUUGAGGAGCUGAGAAACAGAAAUAAAGAGCUUCAAUCUCGACUUGAGCAAAAACGGAUGGGAAUUCUAGACAGAAAAGUGGCGGCUCUAGAAAACAUCCAAAAAGAUUAUGCCAAGGCAGUGUUAUCCAGCUAUGAUCACAAGAAAGCUGUCAAGUCAGGACCAAAAGACUUGCACUACCAUGAACUAAUCAGAAUAAUUGACAAAUUGGAAAGAGAGAAAAAAGACCUAGAAGCUCAGUGUGAAGAGAGGAAAAAACAUGUGGAUGAAGAAAUACUGCUUCUUAAAACACAAUUCAAGCAGCUGCAAAAGAGGAAAAGACUUGACGAGGAAGGUUUGAGAAACCAUGUUCGAUUAUUAGAGGAUCAGCUGAAAAGGAUGAUGACAAGGCUGCAGGCAAGCAAAUCUAACUCCAGCGACACAAAUAAUGAUGACAGUAAUUGAGCUCAAUGAAUAUAAUUGUAUGACAAUACAUUCACAUUCCAUGAAUUCUUUGGUUUAUCAUAAGAAUAAAGUAUAAUGGGAUAAAAAAAUCUUGAUGAUACCUUUGCAUGUGCAUUAUUAUAUUUAAUGCCGUGUUGAGUAUUGAAUGAAUGCGUGAACCAAAUGUUUAGCCAUGACUGGCUUUUUGUGCUUCUGAUAAAUGUAUCAAUUUUGGAAAUUUGAAUGACGUGCAGUUUGCAUAAAUUAAUAAAAAAGCAUGCCAAAUUGA